AUGCUCACUGCAAGGACAUCCCUGCUGCUCGUGGUGCUCCUCACCCUCUCCCCAUGCUCCAGUGCAGGCCCUUACUCUCCAUACGAGUGCUGCUUCCGCUACGUGAAGCGUCCUCUCCGCCUGGACAACCUCCUGGGUUUCUACUCAACUCCCAAGGAAUGCUUUUCCCCAGCAAUUGUGUUUGAGAUCAAGGAAGGAGCCAAGAUCUGUGCAAACCCAGAGGACAAGUGGGUGAAGAGAGCACUUACAGAGCUUCCAAAAAGGAAAGGACUUCGUGCCUCGUGA